ACUUGCAGUAGAGAGCCAGACUGGUUAGGAGUAUGGCUAAAGUCAGGGUGAGAGUAUCCACCGGGGAGGCCUGUGGGGCUGGCACCUGGGACAAAGUGUCUGUCAGCAUCGUGGGGACCCAGGGAGAGAGUCCGUUAGUGCCUUUGGACCGUCUAGGCAAGGAGUUCACUGCGGGCGCUGAAGAGGACUUCGAGGUGACGCUCCCCCAGGACGUUGGCGCUGUGCUGAUGCUGCGGGUACACAAAGCACCCCCAGAGCUGCCCCUCCCGCUUGGGGCCCGCCCGCCCGACGCCUGGUUCUGCCGCUGGUUCCAGCUGGAGUGGGGGCCCGGGGCUACACUCCACUUCCCGUGCUACCAGUGGCUAGAAGGGGCGGGGGACCUGGUGCUGCAAGAGGGAGCAGCCAAGGUCUCCUCGGAAGACCACCACCCUAAGCUCCAGCUCCAGCGUCACGAAGAGCUGAAGGCCAGGAAGGAGAUGUACAGCUGGAAGACCUACAUUGAAGGCUGGCCUCACUGCCUCGACCAGGUGACUGUGAAAGACUUGGACCUCAAUGUCAAGUACUCCGAAGUCAAGAAUGCCAGAUUCUACUUGAAAGUCUACUCUGCGUUCACAGAGCUGAAAAUCAAAGGAUUCCUGAACCGCACAGGACUCUGGAGGAGUCUGAGGGAAAUGAGAAGGAUGUUUCACUUCCACAAGACUCCUGCAGCAGAGUACGUGCUGGAGCACUGGCAGGAAGACGCCUUCUUUGCCUCCCAGUUUCUAAAUGGCCUCAACCCGGUCCUGAUCCGCCGCUGUCACAGCCUUCCAAAGAACUUCCCAGUCACCGAUGAAAUGGUGGCCCCAGUGCUGGGCCCUGGGACGAGUCUGCAGGCUGAGCUGGAGAAGGGCUCCCUGUUCUUGGUGGAUCAUGGCAUCCUCUCCGGAGUCCAAACCAAUGUCAUCAACGGAAAGCCCCAGUUCUCCGCAGCCCCAAUGACCCUGUUAUACCAGAGCUCAGAGGCUGGGCCCCUGCUCCCCCUCGCCAUCCAGCUCAAACAGACUCCCGGGCCUGACAACCCCAUCUUCCUGCCCAGCGAUGGCAGGUGGGACUGGCUCCUGGCCAAGACCUGGGUGCGCAAUGCCGAGUUUUCCGUCCACGAGGCCCUCACUCAUCUGCUGCACGCGCACCUGCUGCCGGAAGUCUUCGCCCUGGCCACGCUGCGGCAGCUGCCCCGAUGCCACCCUCUCUUCAAGCUGCUGAUCCCCCACAUUCGGUACACACUGCACAUCAACACACUUGCGCGUGAGCUGCUCAUCGCCCCCGGGAAGGUGGUGGACAGGUCCACAGGCCUUGGCACUGGAGGAUUCUCUGAGCUGAUAAAGAGAAACAUGGAGCAGCUGGACUAUUCUGCCCUGUGUCUCCCUGAAGAUAUUCGAGCCCGAGAUGUGGGAGACAUCCCAGGCUACUAUUACCGGGAUGAUGGGAUGCAGAUCUGGGGGGCAAUAAAGAGCUUCGUCUCGGAGAUAGUCAGCAUCUACUACCCAAGCGAUGUGUCUAUUCAAGAGGACGGAGAGCUGCAGGCCUGGGUGAAGGAGAUCUUCUCUGAGGGCUUCCUCAGCCGAGAAAGUUCAGGUGUGCCCUCCUUGUUGGAUACCCGGGAAGCCCUGGUCCAGUACGUCACCAUGGUGAUAUUCACCUGCUCAGCCAAGCACGCAGCUGUGAGUGCAGGCCAGUUUGACUCUUGCGUUUGGAUGCCCAACCUGCCACCAACCAUGCAGCUGCCACCACCCACUUCCAAAGGCCAGGCUCGGCCUGAGGGCUUCAUAGCCACUCUCCCACCAGUCAAUGCCACAUGUGACGUCAUCAUUGCCCUUUGGAUGCUAAGCAAGGAGCCCGGGGACCGAAGGCCUCUUGGCCACUAUCCAGAUGAACACUUCACAGAGGAUGCCCCACGCCGAAGCAUAACUGCCUUCCAGAGACGGCUGGUCCAGAUCUCUAGGGAAAUCGGGGAGCGGAACCGAAGCCUGGCACUGCCCUACAUCUACAUGGACCCUCCCCUCAUUGAGAACAGUGUCUCCAUCUAAAAUCUUGAAGAAGAGGGCCCCAUGUGACAUACAGACCCCUUGAUCAUGUCACUCCAAGCUAAGCGUCACCCAGAGAAAAAGGACUUUCAAAAUAUACAGGUCCUCAUGUGCUUCUCCUAGAUAGCCAAGCCCCAUCCAACUCCCCAGUGAAACACACAAACACAGUGAAUAAAAUCAAAACAGACAAACCUAAACCCCUACAGAAGACAGGACCUCACAGGACAGGGACACCAAAAUAACUGGAGACACCGAGGCUUCAGCUCUGAUUGAGGGCUUUGCUUGUUCACUUAGUUUUGCAUCUAAUUAGCUUGGACCGUAACGGAAGCACAGAAUCCUGUUCCACUGCCCAUAGUCAGUGAGACCUCACAGUCACAGGCUCGGACAGGCUUCUCAGCCAAACAGGAAGCAGCUCAACCAAAACCUACCAAGAGGUCGAUCAUCACCUACAGGCUCACCCUGAAAGUGAAUAUAACACUCAGAAGGGGUUAUUGGAAGUCAGGCAGAAAGAGAAGGAUGGGGUUGAACACAUGGCUCAGUGGUUAAGAGCACUGGCUGCUCUUCCAGAAUACUGGAGUGGCUCACAACCGUGUGUAAUUCCAGUUCUAGGGGACUGCACACCCUUCUCUAGCCUCUGAGGACACCAGGCAUGCAGGCAAAAUAUCCAUAUACAUAAAAAUUAGGUUUGGUUUUUUUGUUUGUUUUUGUUUUUAGGAGAGACGGACAUACUAUCAGGGCCAUUUCUAGCCCACCUCUUCUCAAAGCCCCCCAAAGUGAUCUGUAAAGCAGGCCCCAUUUCCAGAGAAUUAGAAAGACUACAUACCUCUAAUACCUCGUCCUCUAGAGUCCAGCUCCACUCUGGAAUCCCAGUAUUUCAUGUUCACUCUCCAGUUCUGGGUUUUUUGUUUGUUUUUGUUUUUUCUGGCUCAGACUCUGAACAUUCAUUAAAGUAACAAAUGAGUCCUUUUUUAAGUCACCCAAUGAAUUUCAUCUCUUAUA